AUGACAUCCGCAUCGACCACCGACCGACCCAAAGCGACAGCCGUUCCCUACCAGGGAGCCCCCCUCCCGAAUGUCCCAGAGGACCUCGUCAUACCAAAUAUCGUGAACCUCGACUUCGAAGAAAGACUAUGGGUUCCCCAAGCGCCAGACGUCUGGUUCCGUCCAAUACUAUUCAACGUCACACAAGGCUAUUUCGUCAAUCUACUUCGUGUUCGUCGCUCCGGCAUCUUGUCGCGCCACCGCCAUACGGGACCCGUCCACGCAACUGUUCUAAAAGGAAAAUGGCACUAUCUUGAGCAUCCGUGGUGGGCAACCGAAGGUAGUCAUGCUUUCGAGCCUCCGGGCGACAUUCACACGCUGGAGGUCCCGGAUGGGGUCGAGGAAAUGGUUACUUUGUUUCAUGUUACCGGUGCAUACAUUUACGUUGAUCCGGUGGGAAACCCGCUGGGCGUGGAGGAUGUGUUUUCGAAGUUGGCUAGUGCGAGGGCGCAUUAUGAGAAGGUCGGGCUUGGGGCGGAGUAUGUCGAUCAAUUUGUUCGUUGAGAACUUUUGUAUAUGUGUCAUUGUUGCAGCA